CGCACACACACGCGCGCACACUCACACACACACACACACACACACACACACACACACACACACCCUCUUCUGUCUUGCUGUUUGAAGGAAUGGAGAUAGCAUUAGGAGCUAUGUGGUAAACCUCAUGACUUUAUUAACUCUGUAGCAGGAAAACUGGAGGCGAGUUCGUGAUGUGCAGAGAGACAGACGACAGUAAUGGCAAAAGAGCUAUACACCGAUAAUGUAUACGCGUAUGCAUUAUAUAAAACCAUUGCCGAAGUUGAUACCCCGUUGACUGUGGGCUUGUACUCAUCAUGUCACAGCAGGAUUAAAAUGAUUCUCACAAGCAUUGAAGGUCACAUGAACAAUGAGCAGAACAACAGAAGCACAUCCUCCAUUCAAAAUCUAAUUUCACUAAUCUUUCGUCUUCUUUUCUAUCGACCCAUGUGGACAAAAGAAAAAGAGAAAAUGAAAGGCAACCGUUAUGUGUUUGUGAGGUUUAGUGCCUGGCAGUUUGCAGGAAGUGACAUGCUCUGGGCCGGCUUGGUGAUGCAGUUGUGUCGAGCUCUUCAGGACAGUUUUGGCAAGCUUCAGCUCAGCCUGUUUCGAGUAGCUCAGUAUGAUGAAGAAAAGGAUGGUAGGGAAAAGAAAAUUGAAGACAGCACAGAAGAUUGGAGGUCAAAGAAGUGUUGCUGCUGUCCACUGUGGGCGUUUGUCCUGAUAACACUGAUGGUUUGCUUCUUUAUUUUGGUCCCCGUCAUUAUUUUUUCAUUUCCUGAACUGAAGCCUGAAGGAGAUGGUGAGAACGACAAACAGCAUGGUGUCAUCGGGGGUUUUAUUGUUGCAGUCUUAGGAGUUCCUGCACUGGGAGCUGUAAAGUUUAUGUACCUGCUGAUAAAGCACCUCAUUGUUAGCCAAGAUGUUAAUGUCAGAAAUGCACUGAACAACAAGAAGCUCAGUGAGCAGUUGGGCUUAAUGCAUGAAGUUCGGAAGGAGGUGAGGCUACUCUCAUGCUUUGUUCACUUCAUUGAGAUUUUUGAGAGGAAGAAGAUAAAAGUGGUGCUGGAAAUCACUAAUUUGGACCGUUGUACUCCAGCAAAAAUUGUAGCCGUCUUGGACGCCAUCAACAUCCUUCUAUCGGAUGAGGAAAGUCCGUUCGUUUCACUAGUUGCAAUUGACCCGGAGGUUCUUACCCAAAAAAUAGAUCAGGCAAAGGAUUGCUGUAGCAAAAAAGACACAGCUUAUGGCUUCCUGGACCGCAUAAUCACAUUGCCCUUCACAGUACCACCUUUAUGCAACGUAGCAAAGUGCAAGGUCUUCAAAAAGAUUUCAUCGGAUCGAUCUGAAAGGCCUACUGAAACGUCCCAGAGAGACGAGAUUGAGAAUUUAUAUAGCAUAAAGACAUGGGAUUCAUUAGAAGAUGUUUCUUUGAUAGAGAGCAGCAUGAAUGUUGAGGACCAAGAUACAACCCUGAGAACAAGCACGACUAAAGAGACAUUAAUCCAGGAUGCAUUUCAAAGCAUAUAUUUAAGCAACCAAAGUAAGCUUUGUAUUUAUAUCUCAGAAAAUACUGUGUCUAUGAGGAGGGUCACCAAUUCCAUCAGAGUGUCCAUGACUGUGAUGAGCAAUCUUAAUGCCGAGGUUCCUCCUCCUGAAAGAGUCGCUGCUUGGGUCGUGCUGGUAGACCGCUGGCCUUGUAGAGUAAGUUGGAUACUUCAGUGUAUGGAAGAUGAACAUCAGACUUGGCAGACUGAUCAAACCUCAGGUGACUGUGAUCACAACAGGCCUCUAUGGGAUGUGUUCAGUGAGCACAGGAUAGAGCUUCACGUAAUUAGGGAGGAAGUGGAGAAGUUUCUGGAAAGAGAUGAUGAUCCUGAACUGUUUGAAAUGUUUCUCAGUAAGGACUACACAUUCACAGUCAAAGAGGCAGAUCAACUGAAACAAUAUACAGCUAACCUGGACUAUUCCAUCAAGAACGAGUUAGCGAGAAUCAGACAAAUCAGAACUUUGGGAGAAAUUGGAAAACAUAAGUUUAACACUUUAUCUCCAAGCACUGUCUUCAACAUGUCUGUGGAAGGUGUCUGCAACGAGCUAACCACAUUGAAGCUCCCUGGAACUUAUGCUGAGAUUGUAAAACGAAAUGAUAUAAACGGACAGACGCUUCUGCUCAGUGACCCAGCUGAACUGAGACAGGUCAUGCAAAUGACUCUUGGUGAAUGGACAACGUUUAGGAUUCACUUUCUUGGAGUCAUGUCAAGUAAUCAUCUGAGUAAAGCUAAGUCAGUACCAGUUAUCUCAAAUCCUAAUGCGAUUUGUCCGUCUAGUCUGUGUAGUAGGAGCCAUACUGUAUGAAUCAUGUGUAAUAUUGGUCCUAUACUGACAAACAUUCUUCUAAAUUGUAUGAUAAGUAAAUAUACAGAUAACAGAUAGUUUGGACAGUGAAUGAAUUAGUGUUUCAGCUUGUUUGCACUCUGACGUUGCAAUAUUUACAUGUCAGUGUGUCACUUCCUUGAUGGGAAAACUAACUUUGAUCUUUUAAAUCCUCUAACGCACAACCAACAUUUAGUACAGUCAUUGGUGUAGUCUACGUCAGUGGUCCCCAACCUUUUUUUGCCGCGGACGGGUCAAUGUUUGAUAAUUUUACCGCAGCCCGUUUUUUUUUUUUUUUUUUUUUUUUAUUUUGGGG